CAAACGCCUUUGAUAUGGGCUGCUGCGAGUGGACACGAUACCGUUGUAGAACUACUUCUUGCGGCCGAGAAUGUAGACUAUGACUGGAAGGAUGAUAGCGGUCGGACAGCACUAUCAUGGGCUGUUGCCAAUGGACACGAAGCUGUUAUCAAGCUGCUUCUCGCUACUGGACGAGUCGAUGUAAACUCUCGGGACAAUAAUGACAAAACCCCAUUG